CACGUGGUGCAGGCGGGAAGUGACGCGCGCGGCCCGGGAGCUGCGGACGCGGAGGCCGACGGAGCGGGACUCGCAGACGCCGCGGGGUCUCCGGGACAGGAACCCCCCGUGCUGUGUCCAGAUUCUGCAGGGAAGGCCUGCUGGAACCCUGGCCCUCCCGAGUGAGCCAGCAGCAUGUCAGCCACACUGGAUCUGAAAUCGAAGGAGGAGAAGGAUGCAGAAUUGGACAAGAGAAUCGAAGCUCUUCGGCGGAAGAAUGAGGCCCUCAUCCGGCGCUACCAGGAGAUUGAGGAGGACCGUAAAAAAGCUGAACUCGAGGGCGUAGCUGUGACAGCUCCCCGGAAGGGCCGCUCACUAGAGAAGGAGAACAUGGCAGUUGAGGCGGAGAAGAACCAGGGACCCUCCCGGAGGACUCCCGGCACCCCUCGGCCCCCGGGGACUAGCAGGGGUGGCCGGACCCCCCCUCAGCAGGGAGGCCGGACAGGCAUGGGCCGGGGGUCCCGCAGCUGGGAGGACAGUCCUGGGGAGCAGCCUCGAGGAGGAGCCGGGGGCCGUGGCCGGAGGGGCCGGGGCAGAGGGUCCUCUCAUCUCGCUGGAGCCGGAGAUGCCUCAGCUGCUGACCGCAAAUCAAAGGAGUGGGAGGAGCGGCGCAGGCAGAACAUCGAGAAGAUGAACGAAGAGAUGGAGAAGAUUGCGGAGUAUGAGCGCAACCAGCGGGAAGGCGUGCUGGAGCCCAACCCUGUGCGGAACUUCCUGGAUGACCCCCGGCGGCGCGGCGGGCCCCUGGAGGAGCCGGAGCGGGACCGAAGGGAAGGCAGCCGCCGGCACGGGCGCAACUGGGGCGGUUCUGACUUUGAGCGGGUGCGCUGCGGCCUCGAGCAGGAGCGGCAGGGCCGCCGGGCUGGCCCGGGCGGUGCCAGUGACAUGACGCUCUCCAUGACGGGCCGGGAGCGGUCGGAGUACCUGCGCUGGAAGCAGGAGAGGGAGAAAAUCGACCAGGAGCGGCUGCAGAGACACCGCAAGCCCACCGGCCAGUGGCGGCGGGAGUGGGAUGCUGAGAAGACUGAUGGGAUGUUUAAGGAUGGCCCAGCCACUGCCCAUGAACCAUCCCACCGCUAUGAUGACCAGGCCUGGGCCCGGCCCCCCAAACCCCCCACUUUCAGGGAGUUCCUGUCCCAGCACAAAGCUGAGGUCAGCCGCAGGAGGAGGAAAGGCAGCCGACCCCAGGCCAAGGCAGCGCCCCGUGCCUACAGUGACCAUGACGACCGCUGGGAGAUGAAGGAGGCAGUGCCCACAGCCCCCGAGGCCCCACAGCCCGCUCCCCCUGAGGAGACGCCCACACAGCUGCCUGAGACCCCAGCCCCUGCCCACCAGCCUCCUGAAGACCAGGGGGAGGAGGACCAGGGAGAGGAAGACGAAGGGGAGGAUGAGGAGUGGGAAGAUGUGAGUGAGGACGAGGAGGAGAUUGAGGAGGAAGAAGAGGAGGCUGAUGAGGAAGAGGAGGAAGAACCAGCCCAAGACCAUCAACCCCAAGAGUCUGAGCCCCCCGGGAGCCCCAGCAGUGAGCAGGCCAACAAAGAGCCUUCCAUGCCUGAGGAGCCCCUGCCAGUUCCUCAGGCCCCUGCCACACCUUCCAGCCCUUUCUUGCCCCCUGGGGGCCACCAUCCUGUGUCCGACUGGGGCGAAGAGAUGGAGCUGAAUUCUCCCGGAACCACCCACCCGGCUGAUGCCCUCUCUCCGGGAGGUGACCAGCCAGCCCCUGCCUCCCUGGAGAGUGGGCCCAGCCUCCCAGGAGCCCAGAAAGCGGAAGAAGAAGGGUCUGAGGCAGCUCCAGAGGCGGGCCCCGAGGGCCAGGAGACUGCGGAGAUCACCGACUUCCAGAGGGCCUCCCCGAAUUCCUGAAGACGCUGCUGGGAGGGCACUGGAGCUUCCCCGCCUUGAUGGGGAGGGGGCGGCAGGAGGGGGUUGAUCUGGCUCCUCAGGCUGUGCUCUCCCCUCCCUGGAGCCCACUCUGGACCCCAUGGUUUAGGGAGAGGGAGAAGUUGAGGGUGGUGGGGGAGGAGCUGGGGAGGGGGCUUGAUUGGAGUGUGGGGUGGAGCUGCAACUUCUGGGCGUGAGUUUAGACCUUAGGGGACACAUUUUGGCGGAGGAAGCCGGUCCUGUGAGGGGCAUGGUUAGAGUUUCUGGGGGGGCCAGAAUUCUGCUGGCGGAGUGAGAACGGGGGUCAACGUUAGAUACGGAGUGGGUCCCUGAGAGCUGUUUCAGAUGGGAGUUCUUAACGCGGGUGUGGGGCGCAGCCACCCACGGAGGGAGUGGUUAGAAUUCGAUGUUGAAACAAAUGGAGUGCAAAGAAUGAAAGAGCGAAGCCGGGGGAGAAGAGGAUGGAAUCGAAUGCUGGGAUAUGGUCUGAUUCUGAGAAAAAUCAAGCUGGAACUGAGGCGAGGCUUGCAUGGAGCAGGGCCUGGCAUGGGGGUGGGCAUCGGAGGCAUGGCUAGGUUCCUGGAAGACAGAGCACUGAAACGGGAUGAGGUUAGGGCGCAGAGAGGAGGCCUCGAAAAGAGGACACAGGAGCUAAGCUCUGGGGUGGGCUCGCAUUUAAGAGGCAUGAGUAUAAUACGGAAGCCUGGCGAGUAGUCAGCUGGGCUGAGACCUGCAUUUGAGAGAAAAGCAGGUAUUGCAGUUCUGGGGCGGGGCCAAAACCAAUACUGGCGUAGUCAGAGCCUUAGCUUGAUUUUAAUUGGCUGAAAGCUGAGCAGGGGUGGGUCUAGAAGGCAGAGGAGGUGCGUCUGCGUGGGGGCGUGACCGUGGUGGCUGGGGCGUGGUUGGGUCAGAAACAGAGCGCAGAGGCGGUCCUGCGAAAGGG